ACUUGGUUCCAUGCGGAAGAGGAUUCUAUUGUCCACGUGGAACAGCCAAUCAGCAUCCUUGUCCAUCCGGGACCUAUGGAAACGUAUCAGGAUUGGCUGACGUAUCGGAAUGCUCUUUGUGUGAACCGGGGAUGUACUGUGAAGGAACAGGGAGAAUUUCCCCCAGUGGUCCGUGCAUUGCAGGGUUUGUGUGUUUUGGGGCCGCCUCUCAACCCUCCCCCUCAGACAACAUCACAGGAGCUCCAUGUCCUCCUGGAUUCUACUGUCCUGUUGGGAGCUCCGUACCAUCGCCCUGCCCUAAAGGCACAUUCAGUGAGCAAAGUGGAUUAACGGAGCCCUCCCAGUGUCGUAGAUGUGUUCCAGGGUUCUACUGUGCAGAGCCAGGCCUUAAAGCAGUCACUGGAGCCUGUCUGCCAGGUUUCUACUGUUUGGAAGGGUCCCAGAGUGCUGCCCCGAUGUCAGGUGUAUUUGGAGGUGUUUGCAACCCAGGCCACUACUGUGAGAGUGGGACCAGUGUGCCUGCAUCCUGCCCUGCUGGCACCCAUCACAAUAACACCGGAGGGAAGAAGAGAGAUGACUGCAAGCCAUGUCCUGAUGGUUGGUUCCAGGACUUGGAGGGCCAGAGGGAGUGUAAGCCCUGUCCCCCUGGCACUCACUGCCUGACCACCAACACAACUGGCAGCACCAGUGGCCCCGUCACCCCUCUGCCCUGCCCAGCUGGCUAUGUCUGCCCCAGAGAGAGCUCCUUCAGCCAACCCUACCCCUGCCCCAUAGGCACCUACAGCCCUACUCUGGGUCUCACAUCCCCUGGUGAGAAAUAA